GUGCCCGCAGGUGUGAAGGAGGACUCGUUCAACGUGCUGGACCUGGCAGAGUACACCAAGAACCGGCCCUGGUGGCGCAAGGUCUUUGCCCCCAGCUCCGGGUCAAGCGCUGAGAAAUACAACGUGGCCACACAGCUGGUGAUCGGAGGGGUCACGGGAUGGUGUACCGGAUUCAUCUUCCAGAAAGUCGGAAAGCUGGCAGCGACAGCAGUGGGAGGUGGCUUUUUCCUCCUUCAGAUUGCAAACCACACGGGAUACAUCAAAGUGGACUGGAAGUUACUAGAACGGGACGUGAACAAAGCCAAGCAGCAGCUGAAAUUUCACAGCAGUGGUAACAAAAUAGCUCCAGAAAUGAAAAGCAAAGUGGAUGAGGUGAUCGUAUUUCUGAAGAAGAAUGUUAUCCUGACCGGAGGGUUUGCUGGAGGAUUCCUGCUCGGAAUGGCAUCCUAGAAACUGCGCUCUACUCCCCCUUCAUGCCCAGCCUCCUCUGCUCUCCUCUACUGCUGUUGUCUCUCACUUAGAAGUCAAAGGAUGUUGUCAGCCCCUUCUGCUCACAGGUUCCAGCUCUUAUUUCUUACAAUGCUGCUUCUGAUUUUCAACUCUUUCCUCUCUGGACUAUAGGGUGCUGGAAUUGGUCUGAAAGUUUCUGACUCCCCGUGUUAUCAUU